GCAAGGGGGGAAGAUAUAAUUGGAAAAAAGUAAAAAUGGAAAUGUUACCUACCUACCUACCUACCUUAAUCAGCGGUUAUGGUUCGGAGGAGCUUCUCAAGUGGCUAGCAGUGAUAUAGCUUCCCACCGUGGCAAAUCGACUGACGCUACUCGUUUGUUUUCGAACUACCAGGUUACGUAUUGUCAAUAGGUAGCAAAUCCAGCGGCGAAUAAAAGAUGCAAAUGGAAUUUUCAGUCGUGCAAAGUCUUCACGCUCGAUUGAAAAUGAAACCGCAGCGUGGAUGUAAGUAUGGAGUUCCAGAGCAUCCGAUAUUACCUCCACUGGAUCAAUGUCGCUUGACGGAUGUAAUGCCCUGUAUGGAUGAUCUAUAGUCUAUUUUCUCCAGCAAGCAAUGCUUACAUUGGCAUCGAAUAUGGGGCAGUUGUACAAAGUAGUAGUUUACUUUGUUACAGCGACGAGCUGAUUAUGCUGACACACCAAGAUACAAUAGGGCAACCAUGGGUGCCAGGUCUUGGAUCAGGAACGAAGCGAAGCCCGAAAAAGAAGUUGAACCAAACAUCCCCUCCUCCUUGAGGGGUUCACAGUCCUCCAUGGACAUAAAUAAACAAGAUCAUGAUGGUAACAACCGCCAUGAAUUGCAUAGCGACGCAUUUUUACCCUGGCCACAACCAUAUCUGCGGCGGUCGUUGAGAGACAG